GUGACAAGUCUCGUACUCUCCUCUUCCUUCACGCCUUUUUUUACGCUUUCCUCUUCGUGCGGUCUUCUUGUGUUGCGCUGCGAGCAGCUGCUCCUGGUUUCGCUUCAGGUCUCUUCCAGCAGGAAGAAAAAUUGCAGCCGUCCUCUUCAGCAAUAUUUUGUAACUUAUAUAAAUGAGUGACCAACAAGCAAGUGAAGUUGAAGACCUCGAGCGCGUAUUUGCUGACGUGAGCAAGGACACCAUCCAGAUAUCAUACGGAAUAUUGAAAUCCAUCACAAAAAAUUUCGCUCAAGUGAUUGGUAGUGGUGCAUUCGGCGUUGUUUACCUGGGAGCUCUUAAAAAUGGGAUGGUUGCUGUGAAGAAGCUUUCCCAGUCCACGCAGGAUCUUUCUGACACACAAUUUUUGGAGGAGGUUAAAUGUCUUAAGAGGGUAAAGCACCAAAAUAUUGUAAGAUUUCUGGGGUAUUGUGCAGAAUCACAUGGGGAAGUGAUGGAAAUAGAUGGAAAACUUAGGAUUGUUGAGGUACCACAAAGGUUACUCUGCUUUGAGUAUGCACCGAAUGGAAGCCUUCACGAUUAUCUUCAAGAGAAACCUUAUGGAUUUGAAUGGAAUAUUCGCUAUCAAAUACUUAAGGGAAUUUGUGCGGGUUUGCAUUAUCUUCAUCAAGGACGUAUUUAUCAUUUGGAUCUCAAACCUGGAAAUGUGCUGCUGGGUACUCACAUGGAGCCAAAAAUUACAGAUUUUGGUUUGUCAAGGUGCAUUGAUGAAAAUCAAUCUACGAUAUGUACAGUCAAUCUUUUUGGAACACCGGGAUAUAUUGCACCAGAAUUAAUUGAUAAACAAAAAAUAUCAUUCAAGUCAGACAUAUUCAGUUUGGGCAUUAUCAUGGCCAGAUUAUUGACAGGGAGUAACGGGAGUAUUACUGAAAACUGGCAUGAAGCAUUAAAUACAGACUGCCAACAAAUGAAGAGAUGCAUCGAAGUAGCAAAAAAUUGUGUCGAAUAUGAGCCUUAUGAGAGACCCACCAUUGCUGACAUAGUCCAUAAGCUUAAUGAGACAGAAACCACAAUUCAAAAGGUUCCUCAAGUUGUUAAUGAGCCGAGAAAUGACCCAAGCUCUUCAUUACAUCAGGUUGUUAAAACAUUCAAGGCACUGUCUGUACAAACUCUUCAUGAAUAUUCUAGAUUUGCUGAUAUAUAUGAGGAUCUAAAUAUAUUGGAGCAUAUAGUUGAAGGAAGCGAGAAGCCAAGUAAUCUCUCGUAUCCACUUUUACAAUUCAUCACUGAAAACUUCUCUGAUAAGCGAAAGAUUGGUCAUAAUGAACUCGGAGAAUGUUUCAAGGGUAUCGUGCAGAUUGUUGUUGUGACAAGGCUUCCAGGGAGCCUCAAUAUUAACGAUGGGGUGUUUCAUCAGCAGAUUGGAAAUAUGAUGAUGGCUCGGCACCAAAAUAUAUUGCGGUUUCUAGGAUACUGUUCUCAUGCAGUAGAAAAGAAGGUAGAGAUAGGUGGUGACGUUGUCGUUGCUGAGAAACGUGAAAGAUUGCUCUGUUUCGAGUAUUUAAGCAAAGGAAAUCUUAGCAACAAUCUUUCUGAUGAAUUAAGUGGGCUUGAAUGGCAUACACGUUAUCAGAUAAUUAAGGGAAUCUGUGAGGGUUUGUGUUAUCUUCACAAGGAAAAGGAUAUCAUUCACAUGGAUCUCAAACCUGCAAGUAUCCUACUAGAUGAUGACAUGGUUCCAAAGAUUGCAGAUUUUGGUAUAUCAAAACUCCUAUGUACGAGUGAUGAACGUCUGCGGCAGCUUGGAUACUCGGCUCCUGAGAGGAUGUCUGACGGCGUGACAUCACGUAAGGCAGACAUUUAUAGUCUGGGUGUUGUAAUCACAGAAUUGGUGACUGGAAGUAAGACGAAACCUAGUAUUACUAAUGUACUUUGUAGAUGGAAACAAAGGUGGAACAAAUCAGGAAAAUGUGCGCCAUCGGUUCAUCAAGUGACAAAAUGCCUCGAAUUGGCUCAAAGCUGCUUGCACAAAGACCCGAGCAGAAGACCUUUUGUAUGGGAUAUAAUACGUGAGCUCAACAAACUGGAUAAAGAAGAUUUAUAUAUCUGAUCAGGUAAACCUUGCUUGGAGGACAUAUUUGGAACUGGAUCACGUGAGCUUUUAGCUGAAUAGGAGAUUGGACCGGAUGCUCAGUUGAACAGAAAUGUGGCACCGAAGAACGGAAACACAACAUCGAGCUCACUCUCGUGGAAUAUACUGCCAAAAAAUGUCAUCCACUGACGAUGCAAAUCAAUGCAGAUGGGGCAACUGUGGGUUGAUUUGGAUCACCACACAGCAAUGUUGCAACCAAUGCAUAUGGCGCCACUACUAAUUAAGGGCCUAUAUGGAUCACUUUAUCUAACAACAAUAAUCUCUAAGAGAUUCAAAAUGCCUAGCUAGAUUAUGGGACAUAAUAUAAUAAUCUGACAGGUGGAUUAUUGGAAUUCAGUAAGCCACAUCCAACAAUAAUCCAUCACCUAUAAUCUAGGGUACCAAAUAAAACCAGAUUACUACAAUCCAUAAUUCAGAUUACCAUGCCAAUUCACAAUUUAGAAUACAAUAAUCCAAAGUGAUUCAAAUAUCCCUGAGUUCGGUAAAUGCAAUUUGCUCUUCUACAAUUACAUUACUGUGGACUGUCCACUUAUUUAGAUAUUAAUGGAGGAUAUGUCUGAAAAAUGUGAUUUACUCAUAGGAUCCUUUAGAGCAACUUCAACAGAGUUGCUAUUUCCUACUGUGUAUUGUAAUUUGAAGAAUUUGUACAAAUUAAGCCUCCAACAGACUCUC